ACUAUUAGGCACAACAAAAGGUAAAAAAAAAAAUCGAUUUUUUCCCCUCCUCCCAACCUCUAAAUGGAGUAGAAUCAACUGCAAUUAUCACUUGUAUCUGCAAAUUUUCUGCAUAUGGAAUAAUGGGUUUGCUUGAUAUAUAUAUGAAUUGAAAACCUUUUCUUUUUCUAGCUUCCGAUCUAUCACAACGAUGAUAGGUGGCUAUGUAUUUGCUUUCCUUUUGGUGCUUUCAUGGUCUGUGGAGGUGAUAGAUGCAAGUGCUGGUGAUGUUGAUCCGCGUUAUAGGGAUUGUAUAAGACAAUGUCAGGAAACUGGAUGUGUUGCACAAAGUUGCUUUCCACACUGUAAAUUUCCAUCAGAUGGAGAACAUUUUGAUCGUCCAUGGUACAUGCAAGAACCACUCUAUUUGCAAUGGAAAAAAUGGGAUUGUCAAAAUGACUGCCGAUACCACUGUAUGCUUGAUAGAGAGAAAGAAAGAAAGUUACUUAACCUUGUUCCUGUCAAGUAUCAUGGUAAAUGGCCAUUCGCGCGUAUUUAUGGGAUGCAGGAGGCUGCUUCCGUGGCUUUCUCAGCUCUCAAUCUUGCAAUGCAUUUUCAUGGUUGGGUCUCCUUUUUCAUUCUUUUGUACUAUAAAUUACCUCUAAAAGAUGGAAAGGAGGCAUAUUAUGAGUAUGCUGGUUUGUGGCAUAUAUAUGGGCUCCUAUCACUCAACUCCUGGUUCUGGAGCGCUGUUUUCCAUAGUAGAGAUGUGGAUCUAACAGAGACACUAGACUACUCUUCUGCUGUGAUUCUUCUUGGAUACUCCCUCAUUUUAGCCAUCUUACGAUCCUUCAAUGUUAGGGAUGAGGCUACCAGAGUUAUGGUUUCUGCUCCAUUGAUUGCUUUUGUGAUCACCCAUGUUAUGUACAUCAACUUCUAUAAACUAGAUUAUGGAUGGAAUAUGAUAGUUUGUGUAGUGAUGGCUGUGGUGCAACUUGUCAUUUGGGCAGUUUGGGCUGGUCUUAGUGGCCAUCCUUCACGAUGGAAGCUAUGGCUGGUUGUUAUUGCUGGUGGCCUUGCAAUGCUUCUAGAAAUAUAUGAUUUCCCUCCAUAUGAAGGACUUUUGGAUGCACAUGCUCUUUGGCAUGCCACCACUAUUCCUCUAACUUACAUUUGGUGGAGUUUCAUUAGGGAUGAUGCUGAGUUUCGAACCUCCAUUCGGGUUAAGAAGGCCAAGUAAUUUCCUUUUCUACUUACUUGAUAGGGACACACUUGGAUGAUCGCUUUCACACACAACUUAGCUCUCUUUGAUAGUCUACUUUUGCCAAUGUUUAUUUCUAUGUAAUCAUUUUAGAUUUUGAUGCUGAGUUUUGUAUUUAUAUUUUGGGGGAAUCAUGAACUAGACAUUCUCUUCAAUAGGCCAACAGAUCGUUUCAAGAAUCUCAUUCAUGUUUUCCCUUUUCUUUACGCCAAUUUGUACAAAAUCUUACUUUUAUGGCCCUAAUGAUUUCACUAUUAUUUCAAA